CCGGGCUCCCUUUCGCUGACCGGACCUCCCCCCGCACGUCCCGGUCCCGCCACCCGCCCCCGCUGCGGCCCUCUCUCCCAUCUCCCGCCCCUCGAAACCACAGAUCAUCUUCGGAUUCUUCUCCAGAAGCUUCAAGUAGGGAUAUGUCCUCAGCACCAACUACUCCUCCAUCAGUGGAUAAAGUAGACGGAUUUUCUCGGAAGUCCGUCAGAAAAGCCAGACAGAAGAGGUCGCAAAGCUCCUCACAGUUUAGGUCUCAAGGCAAGCCUAUUGAGUUAACACCUCUGCCGCUGCUAAAAGACGUUCCAUCCUCAGAGCAGCCUGAACUGUUCCUAAAGAAACUUCAGCAGUGCUGUGUCAUUUUUGACUUCAUGGACACGCUAUCUGAUCUUAAAAUGAAAGAAUACAAGCGCUCCACUCUUAAUGAACUGGUGGACUACAUUACAAUAAGCAGAGGCUGUUUGACAGAGCAGACUUACCCCGAAGUAGUUAGAAUGGUAUCUUGCAAUAUAUUCCGAACUCUCCCUCCUAGCGACAGCAAUGAAUUUGAUCCAGAAGAAGAUGAACCUACCCUUGAGGCAUCGUGGCCACACUUACAGCUUGUAUAUGAAUUUUUCAUACGAUUUUUGGAAAGCCAAGAAUUCCAACCCAGCAUUGCCAAAAAAUACAUAGAUCAGAAAUUUGUAUUACAGCUUUUGGAGCUAUUUGACAGCGAAGACCCUCGGGAACGGGACUACUUAAAAACAGUCUUACACAGAAUUUAUGGCAAGUUUCUUGGUCUUAGAGCAUUUAUCCGAAAACAGAUUAACAAUAUUUUUCUAAGGUUUGUUUAUGAAACAGAACACUUCAAUGGUGUAGCUGAACUGCUGGAAAUAUUAGGAAGUAUUAUCAAUGGCUUUGCUUUACCUCUUAAGGCGGAACACAAACAGUUUCUGGUGAAAGUGUUGAUCCCUUUACACACUGUCAGGAGCUUAUCACUCUUCCAUGCCCAGCUGGCAUAUUGCAUAGUACAGUUUCUGGAGAAAGAUCCUUCACUCACAGAGCCAGUUAUUAGGGGGUUAAUGAAAUUUUGGCCCAAAACGUGUAGUCAAAAAGAGGUCAUGUUUCUUGGCGAGCUGGAAGAAAUAUUGGAUGUGAUUGAACCUUCACAAUUUGUUAAAAUCCAAGAACCUUUGUUUAAACAAAUUGCCAAGUGUGUAUCUAGCCCCCAUUUUCAGGUGGCAGAAAGGGCACUCUAUUAUUGGAAUAAUGAAUACAUCAUGAGUUUGAUAGAAGAAAACUCUAAUGUCAUCCUUCCCAUCAUGUUUUCCAGUCUUUAUAGGAUUUCAAAAGAACAUUGGAAUCCGGCCAUCGUGGCGUUAGUGUACAAUGUGUUGAAGGCAUUUAUGGAAAUGAACAGCACCAUGUUCGAUGAGCUGACGGCCACAUACAAGUCAGAUCGUCAGCGUGAGAAAAAGAAGGAAAAGGAGCGUGAAGAAUUGUGGAAAAAACUGGAGGAUCUGGAGUUAAAGAGAGGUCUUAGACGUGAUGGAAUAAUUCCAACUUAACAGGAAUAAUGACAACAACAUUACUAACCUGUGGAGUCACACAUUUAUGUAGUAGAAGAUGGAGCAACAGUUUUCUGUAUUGUGCAACUUUUCAGUAGAUUUCACAUUUGUUUCAUUAUUACAACAGCACUGUAUAUACCUGUCUCUAAG